UUUUCAUUUUCCAGUUCAUACUUUCUCCAUUUCUUUCUUUUCUUUUCUUAAUUACCAGCUCUUUGAAAAGGUCAUGUUAAACUUCCAUUCUCUCUAAAAGCUCAAAGAUUGGUAACUUUGAUAGUUUUCUUUUUCCAAAUAGCGAUGUCUAGAUCAGCUUGUACGUCCCUCGACUAUUUCAAGGUAUACCUGCUAGCUAGCUCAUACAUGUAUCGGCUAAAUCUGUCCACCAAAGCUUAAGCUGAAGGGAAGGAAUCUCCGGAAUUUUCAUUCAAAUUUAGGGUCGACUAUAUGAAUCUGCACUAUUCAUAUCGCUCCGUUUAAGCUCAUCUUAGUCCAAUUAUGAUGAAUACUCAUUAUAAUAAUAAUCUUGGAGCCUUAGAAAGCAAAGAUCAAUUUUUUGAAGAAAUAAGGUAUAGUUUUGCUUGUGCAUGAAGAUAAAAAAUUAUGGAGUUUUGGGUUGUUGUAGCAGCUGCAGGUGCUGGUUAUAUAGCACAGUAUUUGCAAAGUUCAUCAGACAAUAAGGACAACUUACUAGAGCAAAAGCAAUUUUCUAAAAUCUCAACACAUGAACAAUCAGAUAACAAGAAUUUGGUGUACCAAAUACGUGAAAAUCUUUGUCCAUUUCGAAGAUUAGCUCGAAAAAGAGCUAAAAAAGAAAUUGCUGAUGAAGGGGUUUUCGGAUUCAGACGUCUUAAUCUUGAUUCGUCAGCAAAUUGCGAGUUUGCGGUCCAAUGGGAACCAAAAGAUUAUAAUGGAAGAGAGCAUACAAUUACCAGGAACAAAGUUUCUAGUGGACAAUUCAAUUCAACAGGGCUACCAAAUGGAAUGGAUGUAUUGUAUAUGGGAAUCAUUACUGGUAUGAUGUCUGCUAUUAUUGCAAACAGAAGAGAGAUAGAAAAGGUAAAUGAGAAGUUAAAGUGGACCAAGAAUUUAGUUCAAGAAUUACAAGAGGAGCUCACUGUGAAAGAGAAUGCUAAUGAUGGCUAUGAAAAGCCAAAUCUAUAUAGUCCCUCUAUGUCAGCUGUUGAGCCAAUGUCAUUUUCUUCUGAAGUUCAAGUUAAUGAACCAAAAACUAGUGAAAACACAAAUCAUCAGGUAGCUGAGAAUCACGAGUCGAUGAGUGAAAUCGAGGCAGAGCUUGAAGCUGAGUUGGAAAGGUUGGAAAUGAGCUUGAAGGUUGAAAGAAUAUCUGAUUAUGUUGAGAUAGAUCCAGAAGAUGAAGUAGAUGUGGCCCAAGGAGAUUUCAAACCAGAUUACCUCAAUAUGCAGUGUUCUGAUUCCUCAGAAUCAGAACGGGAUACUAGUGAAACUAGGAUUUAUCAUUCUAAACCUGCAAAUUAUCCUGUUUCCCCGAGGGAACUAAGCUUGCGCCUGCACGAGGUAAUAGAAUCCAGGCUUGAAGCUCAAAUUAAGGAUCUUGAAACAGCUCUUCGUCACAGCCAAAUCAGAGCUUAUUCAUUGGAAGCACAACACAUUCUAUCUCAAAUGGACUAUGCAUCGAGUGAAUCGGAGUCUUCUGCAUAUCCACAAAGUCCAUAUUGUUAUAAUGAGGCUAAUGAAGAUACCAUCAGGACCAUGCAUGGAAGUGAAACUAUUUUUGAAAUUGAUAUAAGAAGUCCUCCUCUAGAUAGAGCACUGAUUGUUAGACAAAACAUGGAGGGAAAAUGAUCUUGUUGAUAUUAUGUCAACAUGACAUCUGAAGAUGGCUUAUAUCCUGAUGUCUUGGAGAAAAUGGGCAGGGAGAAUGUGAAAAGGACAACAAAAGGAGGUUGUUCUUUACAUUUUUUUGAGAACUUGAUCAGCAUCUGUUUGUAUAGGAGAGCCUUGGCGUAACUAGUAAAGUUGCAGCCAUGUCACCAGGAGGUCACGGGUUCGAGCUGUGGAAACAGCCUCUUGUAGAAAUAUAGUGUAAGGCUGCAUACAAAUAGACCAUUAUGGUCUGGCCCUUCCCCGGACCUCGUGCAUACUAGGGGCUUAGUGCACCGGACUGCCUUUUUUUUUUUUUUUUAAUUUUUAUUUUAUCUAUCAGCAUCUGUUUGUCUUACCUUAUUGUUUAUGCUAGAUCUGUAUCUUCUUAUACUCUUGUCACUAUAGAGAAAAGAUGUACAGUGUACAUGUAAAGAUUGAGGAAAUAUGUAUAGAUCAAUAGACAUAUUGGUUAGAGAGUGUGAAUAUAUUUUGCUUAUGAUGA